ACAACGUUCAUUUUCAUCAUCAUCGGUAUUAUUAUCAUCACCAUUAUCACCAUCAUUAUUGAUGAACAAUAUCGAAACAGCCGUGAAAGAUAAUUGUCAUAUAAUGAAUAAACGUUUUAUACGAAGUUCCAGUUGUAAUAAUUGGCCAGCUAAAUUAUUACAACCGAUGCAUAUUAAUAAUAACAACAACAAAAAAGUUAAAACAUUGCCAAAUCGUUGUAUGGCAUUAGCAUAUGGUAAUAAAAAAUAUCGAUCAUCAUCAUCGAUUCUAACCAUAGUGAUGUUAAUCACUGUAAUCGUAUCGAUUUGGUCAUCGACAAAUAAAACGAAUAUGUCUACUGUUUGUGCUGCUUCUGCUGGUAUUGAAGUUGGUAAUGGUAAUGAAAAUGAAUCACCCGGUGGUGGUCAUAUCAAUAUUGUGGACGAUGAAGAGAAUCGUUCACUUCAUGAAUGGGAUGAUAUAUUUCAUUCACGAUCAGCUGAUGAUUGGAGACAAUUAUGGCAUCGUGAACGUCAUCGCCGUUGUCGACAUGAUCUUCUUGCCCAUAUGGAAUUGGUUUGUCAAAAAGAUAUCUAUAAAUUGAAUCGUCGACGAAAAAAACGAACAAAUGUCAAUGAUGAUUUUUAUCAACAUGAAACAAAUGGAAAAUUGAGUUUAGGAAAUUUGGACAACAAUAACAAUAGUGAUGGAAAAUCGAAGAAUCGAUAUCUAACAUUCAUAGAAGCGAAUACAUUUGCCCAAAAACAGCUCAAACGUUUUCUACGUAAAAAUCAUCAUUAUGAUAAUUAUCAAUCAGAUAUGGAUGUGAUCCAUCAACCUUAUAUUCAAAUGGCCAAAAAAUUAUUCGAUGAUGAUAAUCCUUCAUCAGAUAAUCAAAAUAAUAGUAAUAAUAAUCAUGAUCAUAUUAACAAUGAUUACGAUAAUGUGGGCGGAAGUGGUUUGAUGGCUGUACGUCGACGACAACGUGGUAAACGUGGAAUUUCCGAUGAAUGUUGUCAUGGAACGGAUGGUUGUUCAUGGGAAGAAUAUGCUGAAUAUUGUCCCGCAAAUGUACGAUUACGAUCAUGAUCAAACUAAAGAAAAAAAAAACAAACGAAAGAAAGAAAAACAAUUUGUUAGUGGGGAAAACGAAAACAUCAUCACUUUGUCUAUUCAAUUUAAUGCACACAUCCGGUCAUCAUCAUCACAUUUAUUGCACCACAAUAAAAGUCACUUGUUUCAAAUAAAUGAAUGAAUUGCCCUCA